AAAUUGUUGAGCAUGGUGAACAUUUGGUAGGAAGAAGGAUAAGAGUUUGGUGGCCUGGUGAUAAAAUGUAUUACCCGGGAGUUGUUCAAUUCUUUGACAAUAUAAACAAGAGGCACAAGGUGUUGUAUGAUGAUGGAGAUGAAGAACUCUUAGAUCUCAAGUGGGAAAAUUGGGAGUUAGUUGAAAAUGCAUGUCCUAUGUUGGAUUAUGGUGAACAGACACCGCGUGGACGAGUAAAAAGAGGAAGCCAUGGAGAAGCCCACUUUGCUUGUGAAAAUGGAAGGCGUAAAAAGGUUUCAUCUUCUAAAUUUAGCGAGAUUUGUGUCAUGGGCCUCGAGGCAUUUAGCUCACCUCAUCAAAGUCAUUCAGAAAAGCAAAGAAGCCAUGGCCAUAUCAACCUGGCUUGUGGAAAUGGAAGGCGUAGAAAGAUUUCGUCUUCCCAAUCUCCUGAAAGCCGUGUCAUGGGCCUCAAGUCUCCGUGCUCACUUCAUGAAAGUCAUUCACAAAAUCGUAGAAGCCUCAAACCAAUCCACCUCACUUUGGGAAAUGGAAGGCGUAGAAAGGUAUCGUCUUCUCAAUCUCCUGAAAUCUGCAUCCUGGGCCUCAAGGCUUCGAGCCCACUUCAUGAAAGCACAAAAGCAAGGGAGCCAUUCAAAUAUUCACUUCAGAAAAGGAAAGCAAAUACCGUUUAGGUUAAUGGCUUCCCGAAUAGAUAUGCGGAACUUGUGGUUGCACCUCUAGUUGAAAGGUACUUUCUAGCUGAAAAAAAUAUAAAGGUAGAUACUAACAUUAUGGAAUCUAAAGGUGAAAAAAGAUUCAUGGGUAAAUAAACCAGCUUCAUAGGCUAAUUAUCAAAUCAUGCUAUUACAUGUAAGUAAAAGAAACUCACCAGGAUCAUAUCCG